AUGGAUACCUCAUCGCUUCCCGUUGCAUUGGAAACCCCAUCUCUCUUUGACAACCGAGGAUUUAUCGCAGGAAAAUGGAGACACGCGUCCUCCAACAAGACAUUUCCAGUCCUCGAACCUUCCACUGGCCGGACUCUAGCCCAGUGUGCGGACUUUUCCACACAAGACUUUGUUGAGGCUAUUGAGACCGCCGAUGCAGAAUUCAAACAAUUCUUUUCCACGACGACGGCAAAGCAGAGAGGAACAUUUCUUCGCAAAUGGAACGACCUCAUUCUAGAGAACUCUCAAGACAUCGCAAAGAUUCUCUCUUUGGAAAAUGGUAAGACAUUGGCGGAAGCAAAGGGAGAGGUCAUAUAUGCCGCAUCCUUCGUAUCCUGGUUCGCCGAAGAGGCAACGCGAUCAUAUGGCGAUGUCAUCCCAUCUUCAUAUCCCAAUAACACCGUCAUGACAUUCAAAGAGCCAGUCGGCGUUUGCGGUAUCAUCACACCUUGGAAUUUUCCAGCUGCAAUGAUAACCCGCAAGAUUGCACCGGCCUUUGCAGCAGGCUGCUCGGUGGUGAUCAAACCACCAAGUGAGACCCCUUUUACUGCGAUUGCUUUGGUCAAGCUUGCCCUUCUGGGCGGGGUUCCACCCGGGGUUGUAAACAUUGUUCCGACUAAGGACAGACAAGCAUCUUUGCAACUAGCUACGCAUCCAAGGGUUAGAAAGCUUAGCUUCACUGGCUCGACGAACGUUGGGAAGAUGCUCACCAAGCUUGCUGCCGAUACAAUGAAGAGAAUCAGCAUGGAGCUGGGUGGAAAUGCCCCGUUCAUUGUGUUUCAGGAUGCAGACCUCGAUAAAGCGGUGGAAGGAGCCCUGAUUUGCAAGUUUCGCUCAUCUGGACAGACUUGCGUCUGUGCGAAUCGACUGUUCGUGCACGAGAGUGUACUGGAGGAAUUCACGGAUAGAAUGAUCAAACGAGUCAAGUCGUUCCAAUUGGGACGUGGGAUUGAUGAAGGUGUCACCCACGGCCCCCUUGUCAACGCUGCUGCUGUGGAGAAGGUUAAAAGCCAUGUCCAAGAUGCUCUCGACAAGGGAGGCCGUCUUCGAUAUGGCGGCGCCGUUCCAGUUGAUCGCUCUUCCGGGUACUUCUUUGAACCAACCAUUAUCACUGGAGCCCAUAAAGACAUGCAUGUUGCAAAUGAUGAAACAUUUGGUCCUCUCGCUGCCAUAUUCUCAUUCUCCUCCGAAGACGAGGUUGUCUCCCUGGCAAACGACACCGAAUUCGGGCUUGCUGGUUACUUCUUUAGUAACGACAUCAACCGCAUUUUUCGCGUUUCCCGGCGAAUUGAGUGCGGGAUGAUUGGCGUCAACACUGGACUGAUAAGUGCAGCCGAGGCUCCAUUCGGAGGUGUUAAAGAGAGUGGUGUUGGGCGAGAAGGCAGCAAGUAUGGACUCGCUGAGUAUCAGAACAUCAAGUCUGUGACCAUAGGAGGUGUUUAG